UGGUGGCGUGGAGCGGGAAAUAGUUCGUCUUUUGGGGAACAUGGUAACCGUGUUGUGAUGAAUGGCGCUAUGCAGUCACAAGCUGAUGCUGGAGCUAACUUCAAAAAAGAUGUGCAGACUACAAGAGGAUCACAGUCUGGUCCCUUUGCUGGAAACUUCAUAAAUUUCACCAAUUUUGAAGGGAAGCACAAAGGAAAGAGCUCUCACCUUCUUAUCCUCUCUUUUUGACCCCUCCCCCCCUUCACACACGCGCACACACGCGCACACAGAGCAAAAGAUCUCACCUUUUGAUAACUAGCUUGUUUACCAUAUAGGGCCCGCCUUCUAAUUGCGACUCUGUGAUGUGGUGAUGAAUUUGAAUACCCCCUGCAUCAGAGUUCCCAAAGAAACAUACUUUAUCUCUUCUUCUGAUGGGAAUAGUGAACAUGUAAACCAACAAAUGAAAAGCAGUUCCUCUGCAGUGGUUGCUAAAUUGGGUGAACAUCUUGAUGCGAAUUCACAAAUGGAACUUGUUGGUCACUCAAUUGUUUUGACAUCAUAUCCAUAUUCAGAUGCACAAUACAGUGGGAUGUUGACUCAUUAUCGGCCACAAGCUAUGGUGCCCCCUCAAUUCUAUGGCUUGCAUCAUGGUAGAAUGCCCUUGCCCCUUGAAAUGGAAGAGGAGCCUGUUUAUGUAAAUGCCAAGCAAUACCAUGGUAUUUUGAGACGAAGACAGUCACGUGCUAAAGCUGAGCUUCAAAGGAAGCUUAUAAAAGUUAGGAAGCCAUAUCUUCAUGAGUCUCGUCACCAGCAUGCGUUGAGGAGAGCAAGGGGUUGUGGAGGCCGUUUCCUUAAUACGAAGAAGCAAGAUGAUAAUUCCUCAUCAGAAAAAACCAUCAAUUUGGAUGCAAACUUUUCACCCAAAUCUGCCAAAUCUGGUUUUGAGUGCUUUCCUAAUGAUAGCAGCGGCAAUUUCGUUUCCUCCAAUGUCCAGCAAGAAGGAUCAGGUUCAUGGUUCAGGACACUCAAUAACCACACACUCUCCAACGGUAAUGGCAAUGGCCAUGCCCCAUCAUCAACAUAUCGUACAACAUUUAAUGACGGCACGGAAGGUGUUUUCCUUGGUCAACAGAAGGAAACAAUGCAGUUGAAUGGAUCCUCUCGUGGGGCCAUUCACAGUAAAUGACAAAAUUCCCUGAGGUGUUGCUGAAGGUGUGCACUCUCCAGCUUGGAAAAACCCUUCUUGUGCAAUGUCUAUGUCAGGCAAUUCAUUCUUGGCUUUGGUUACUUUGUAAUUAUUGGGAUGAUACUACAGGAGAUAGGUGAUGGAUUCCAUGCUGUCUUCAGUCAUGAACCACUUCCACUCACCCCCUGUUGUCGACGCAGUAAAGCAAGUAACUGUUUGGAACUUUAGAAAACAGUUGUGGGUAUGUAGUCAUGUAGAUUUGAAACAGUGUUGUUUUGUUAAGACUCUGUAGAGGCAAAGAGAGCUUAUUGUAUCUAUUAAAUUAUUGCAUCCAUGUACUUGUCUAUAGAUUGUGACUGAUGCACCUGCUACUUCCCAUUGUGGAAGGGAGUUUGUUUUAGAAUGGAAUCUUUAAAGUUUUUGUGGGAAAUUGUAAUGGGUGUUUAUUUCACUUGGCAUAAAGCGCUGAGUAUACACUAUCUCAGCUUGAUUUUAAGGUCAAAAUUUCAUGAACCCUAUUUUGGCCUUGAAGGUUUGAAUAAAAUUGUUAGAUGUGUUGUUUUGU